AUGGGAUUUUGGGACUGGCUCUUUCCUGAAGAAGAAGAACCAUUGCCAUAUCCAGGAAUGGAACAGUUUACUGUCGCCGUUUCCAAUAAGGUAAUGCCAGAUGCCAAACGAGUUGACGAGAUUUUCACAGAAUUGAUUAAACAACUUGAAUUUGAUACGGCCAAAAAGUACCAAUUUGCAAAAGUUUCUGCACAAGAGAAGUGGGAAUUCAUUCUUGCACAAGAACGCCAUGAGCGCAGAAUUCCGACACCAGAAUGGCUCAUUAUCAAGUUGCAGGAACAUUUAGAUACGCGUUAUUUAGCAUCAAUUUCUCUCCACUUACGAACUGCCCGCCUUGUUUGGGUUGACAGGUUCUGCAAGAACGGAGGACCGAUUAUAUUAUUAAGAGAAUUAGCAAAAUAUCAAGCUUAUCAUCAGCUUUUCAUGGGAUCCCUUGAUUUCCCUCCCGAACCAACAGGAAAGAUAUUGCGCACACUCAAAGCUGUCGUAGACACACGCCAAGGAUCUCAACAAAUGACAAAUCACAUCAAGGCAGUCGAAUUACUCAUUCAAUCUAUCUCAAUCUUCCAACCACAGCAAUUCGAAACAAUUCUCUACAUUUUACUUCCAUAUGUUUUUAUGGAACGUGGCCCAGCAUUUAUUAUCGAUGCACUUCAUGAUUUAGCAAAGAAGAACAAUCUUAAAAACAUUUUCAGAAUCUUUUCGGACGAAAUUUGCGCAGGAAGUGAUCAAAUUUUUGUUUCCUUCCUCACAGGUCUUUAUCAUGCGAUUUCGGGCGAUUACGCUCAAAGACUCCAGUUGUCUGUAGAUUUCCACAAAUCUGGUGUCGUUGAUGCUUUCAAGACACGUAAUGUCGAAAAAGAUUUCAGAGAUAUUAUCGAAUCAGAUAUCAAUGAAGUCAACCAAGUAUUCCAAGGCCCAGUUGAUGCCUUCUACCACGCAGAUAAAUUCGCUCAGGCAAUGGAAGACACAACAGCUGAACAAAUCCUUCCUCAGAUCUUUUCAAUCAUGAGAAAUCAAGCAGAUAAGCAUUUCGAUAUCGUCAUUAAGUUCAUCGUUACAUUCUUCGAAUACCUUCGUUACUGCAUUCUUAAUGGAAUGGAAUUCGAACGUGCUGCAAGCGAUGCACACAGAUUUGCUAUGGCAGGAUUACAAGUUCCAACUCCAACAGGACUCAACAAUACAUUUGCUAUUGAACUUGCUAAGAAAUACAAUUUCACAUCUGAUUUCGAGUUAAAGGAAGCCAAAAUGCCAUCACUCCCAGAAGGUGGCCUCGAAGCAGAACUCGCCAGUGCUCGCGCAGAGAUUUCUCGCCUUUCCAGUGAAAAUGCUGCCGCUGUUCAAAAAGAACUUGAUGCCAAAGUUGCUGAAAACGAGAACCUCAAGGCAGAAUUGCAGAGAGUUACACAGAACGACGAGAUCAGGAAGCAGAAUGAAGAUCUUAUCGCUAGAAUUGGCGAGUUGGAGACAGAACUUGCAGCUGCAAAGAUGGCUGCUACAACACUUUCUUCCGAGAAGAACACAGAAUCAACAGAACUCGAGAAUCUCAGAGAAGAACAUCAGAAGACUGUUCAAGAGAAUGCCAAACUCGUCCAAGAGAACGCAAAGAUGCAGGCACAGCUCGCAGAAGCACAAGAACUCGCAUCAGCUCUCGUCUUCCAGCCACCAGAAUACAAGGAGAACCAGAUUCCUGGCCUCAUCCAAGAACUCCAGUCAAUGAUGGCUGAAUCUCCAGAGAGCAUGAAAGGAAAGCUCGGAGAGAUCAUCAGAAAAGCACAAAGAGCUGAUGAAGAAAUCGAAAGUGAGCGCAAGUUGACAAACCAGUCAUUCCAGCAGCUCUCAAACAUCCAUGGCAAUCUCAUGAAGUCUUUCAACGAGAACUUCAAGCAGUUCUACGCUGCUGCAGAACUCAUGGAAGAUGUCUAUGUCACAAGAGAUCUUGAAGGUGGUGAAAACGCAGAGAAUGCCGAAGAAAAGGAAGAACUCAAUGAAAUCGUCGUUGUCAUGCCAUCAAAGAUCGUCAACUCUGAUGGAACAAUCACAGAAAGAAUUACAAAUCCAGAUGGAACAAUCAUCGAGAGAAUCCGCAAUCCAGAUGGUACAAUUGCUGGCCAGAGAAUCAUCAAUCCUGAUGGAACAAUCGCAGAAAGAGUUCUCAACUACGAAGGCGAAUUGUCUCAGAAGAUUCAGUCUCCAGACGGUUCAUCAUCACAGAGAAACGAGACAAGACAUGGUGUCAUCAAUGAGAAAGUCGGUGACAAGUCAUCAACAGCCGAAAAGCACGCAGACAAAGAUGGAACAUUACAACAGAGAAUCACAAACGAAGACGGAUCUGUCAUCGAAAGAUCUGUUGCUAAAGAUGGCACAAUCACAGAAAAACUCUUCUCAAAGGAUGGACAGUUACUUGCACAGAAGACAAUUUCUUCAGAUGGAACAAUUUCAGAACGCAAGUACAACAAGGACGGAUCAUUCAAGGAGAAGAUCAUCAAGCCAGAUGGAACAAUCCAAGAAAGAACCGUCAACUCCGAUGGAACAAUUCAGGAAAUUGCUGCAUCAGGAGCAACAAAGAGAGUUGUCAACGAAGAUGGCUCUGUCACAGAGAAGUUCGUCAGAAUUGAUGGAACAAUUCUCGAGAGAACAGUUAAUCCUGAUGGAACAAUCCAGUCCGAGAGAUUGCUUAACGCCGAUGGAACAGUUCCAGAAAGAGUUAACAACGCUGACGGUUCUAUCACAGAAAAUGUCAUCAGAGCUGAUGGAUCAAUCCUCGAGAGAAUCUUGAACCACGAUGGAACAAUUCCACAGAAGAGUGUUACACAAGAUGGCACAAUCUCUGAGAAAGUUACUGUUGGACCAAACGCUACAAAGGAGAGAUUCCUCAACGCUGACGGAACAGUUCCUGAAAAGAAUGUUCAGCCUGAUGGAACAUCGCAAGAGAAACUCUUCAGAGCUGAUGGCGUCAUGAUCGAAAGAACAAUCGGUCCAAACGGUGCUCUCAAGUACAAGAGAUACUUUAACCACGAUGGAUCUAAUCCAGAAAAGUCUCAGAAUCCAAAUGGAACUAUCACACAAAAGGUUCUUCGUCCAGAUGGCUCAGUCUACGAAAGAAUUCUCAACGGUGAUGGAACAAAUCCAAUCAGAUCAUUCAACAACGAUGGAACAACAACAGAAAAGGUCACAAGAAAGGAUGGAAGAGCAGUUGAAUACCACCUUUCCCACGAUGGAACUAACUCCAUCAGAACUCCUAACCCAGAUAGAACAAUCACUGAAACAUACACUCGCAAUGACGGAAUUGUUGUCAAGAGAAUUCUCACUCCAGAUGAAAUUCUCAAAUCAGAACAAUUGUUCAGUGCCGAUGGAACACCAGCUAAGAAGACAACACUUCCAGAUGGUUCCACCAAGGAAUUAUACAAUAAAGUUGACGGAACACUUUUGGAGAGAACAAUUUCACCAGACGGAAUUGUUAAGUCAGAAGUUACUCUCAAUAAAGAUGGUUCUGCACCAGAAAGAGUUACAAAUGAAGACGGAUCUUAUGUCGAAAAGAUUGUCAAGGGCGAUGGAACAAUCUUAGAAAGAACAUGCAACAAGGAUAACUCUGUCAAAUCAGAGAGACUCUUGAAUCACGAUGGAACAGAACCAAAGAAAGUUAUCAAUCUAGAUGGAACAAUUCUUGCAAGUGUUUCAAAGAAGGAUGGCUCUGUUCUCGAUGUCUUCUACAAUGCAGAUGGAACGCCAACAGCUAAAGUUCAUCUCCAUGAUGGAACAAUCGCAGAGAAGAUUGUCAGAUCAGAUGGAACAAUUCUCGAGCGCAUUCUCAACCAUGAUGGCUCUGUUCCAUCUCGUACACCAAACUCUCUUGGUAUUUACACAGCAAAGAUCAUCAAGAAAGAUGGAAAUACAGCUGCAAAGAUCGUAAACAGAAACGGAACAACACCAGAUAAACUCCUCAACGCAAAUGGAACAACAACAGAGAGAAUUGUCAGAGAUGAUGAAAUCAUCUUCGAGCGCAUUCUCAAUCCAGAUGGAUCCCUCAAGUACGAGAGAUUACUCAACUGGGAUGGCACUGUUCCAACACGCCAUGUCAUUUCAGAUGGAAGAAUCAUCGAGUUACUUGUCAGACCUGAUGGAACAACUGUUGGUAGAUUGCUCAAUCCUGAUGGCACUGAACCAUCAAGAAAGACAUUCAGUGACAGAACAACAACAGCUGUCAUUGUCAGACCAGAUGGAAUCAUCGUUGAGAGAACACUCAAUGCAGAUGGAACAAUUAAAUCUGAGAGAUAUCUCAACGCUGAUGGCUCUGAACCAGAAAGAAUUGUCAAUCCAGACGGCACAAUCUUAGAGAAAGUCAAGAGAGCUGACGGAACAAUCCUUGAAAAAUUGUUGAAUGCUGACGGAACAUAUCCAAAGAGAACUGUCAACUUCGAUGGAACACUUACAGAAGAAAUCGUCAAGUCUGAUGGUUCAUCCUACACAAGAUUGCUCAACGCAAACGGAACAAUUCCAGAGAGGACAACAAACGAAGACGGAACAAUCACAGAGAAAGUCAUCAGAGCAGAUGGAAUCAUCAUCGAAAGAACACUUAAUCCAGAUGGAACACUCAAGUCCGAGAGAUUACUCAACGCCGACGGUUCCGUUCCAGAAAGAAGAAACAACAUGGAUGGAACAAUCAAAGAGAGACUCGUCAGAUGCGAUAAUUCCAUCAGUGAGAGAUUACUCAAUGCUGAUGGUACAGUUCCAGUUCGCAAACAGAAUGAUGAUUCAACAUUCACAGAAACGGUCAUCAAAGGAGAUGGAACAACCCUCGAAAAACCUCUCAAUUUCACUCGCAUGUAUCCAACAGCUUAUCCAAACGAGGAAGACGGAACAACAACAGAACUUGUUGUCAAGGCUGAUGGCAUCAUAAUCGAGAGAACAACUAACGCAGAUGGAACAAUCAAAUCAGACAGAUUGUUGAAUGCUGAUGGCUCUAAUCCAGAAGAGAAGAAGUUGGAAGAUGGAUCAACAGUCAUCAUCGUAAAGAGAGCUGAUGGAACUGUUCUCGAGAGAACACUUAAUCCAGAUGGAUCAAUCAAAUCAGAUGUUACAAGAAACGCUGAUGACACUGCUCCAGAACAAAUCACAAAUGAGGAUGGAACAAUCACAGAGAAGAUCCGCAGAGCUGAUGGUGUCAUCAUCGAGAGAACAUACAACCAAGAUGGAACAGUCAAGAAGGAGAGAUUAUUGAAUCACGAUGGAUCUGUUCCAUUAAGAGUUGUUAAUCCAGAUGGCACUGUUUUGAACAAAGUCAUCAAAUCCGACGGAUCAAUUCUCGAAAUCUUCUACAACCACGAUGGCACGAAGCCAAUGAAUGUUAUCAACCCAGACGAGACAAUCACAGAGAAGAUUGUCAAGUGGGAUGGAACAAUUCUUGAACGUGUUCUCAAUCAUGAUGGAACAGUUCCAGUUAGAACUCUUUCUCCAGAUGAGAUCUACACUGCAAAGAUCAUCAAACCAGAUGGAACAUUCUUCACAAAGACAGUCAACGCAAAUGGAACAUCACCAGAAAGAUUCAUCAACGCUGAUGGCUCUGUCACAGAAAGAGUUAUCAGAGCUAAUGGAACUCUCCUUGAAAGUGUCUACGACAAGGAUGGCAAAUUAUUGUCACAGAGAAUUAUUAAUCACGAUGGAACAAAUCCAACAAAGUCCAUCAACGAAGAUGGAACAAUUACAAUGCUCAUCAGACGUCCAGAUGGAACAAUCCUCGAGAUCCUUCUCAAUCACGAUGGCACUGCUCCAAAGAGAACACAAAACCCAGAUGGAACAUUCACAGAGAGAAUCACAAGAGCGGAUGGAAUCAUCAUCGAGCGCAUUGUUAACCCAGACGGAUCAAUUGUUUCAGAGAGAUUACUCAACCAAGAUGGAUCAGAUCCAGAGAGAAUCACUAAUUCUGAUGGCACAAUCACAGAGAAGCUUAAGAAGGCUGACGGUGUCAUCGUAGAGAGAACCCUCAACCCAGAUGGAACAGUUCUUUCCGAGAGAUUAUUGAAUGCUGACGGAACAGCUCCACAGAGAAUCACAAACCAGGAUGGAACAAUCACAGAGAAGAUCAAGAAGGCAGACGGAUCGAUCUUCGAGAGAUUGCUGAAUGCAGAUGGAACAACUUCUCCUGUUUUGAUCCACGAAGAUGGCAGAAUGACUGUCACUGCAAAGAGAGCAGACGGAAUUAUCAUCAAGCGCAUUCUCAGACCAGAUGGUUCUAUCGAAUCAGAAUCACUUCUUAACGCCAAUGGAACUGAGCCAACAGUUACUACUAAUGCUGAUGGAACUACAACAAUCAGAGUUGUCAACAAGGAUGGAAUCAUUGUUGAGAGAGUUCUUAAUCCAGAUGGCUCUGUCAAGUCAGAGAGAUUACUCAAUGCUGAUGGAUCUGUCCCAGAAAGAGUUGAAAACGAAGAUGGAACACUCACUGAGAAACUCAUUGGAAAGGACGGAACAAUCAUCGAAAGAUUACUCAAUGCAGAUGGCUCUGUUCCAACAAAGAUCUUCAAUCCAGAUGGAACAGUCAUGGAGAGAAUCAGAGGAAAGGACGGAAAGUUCAUCGAGAAGACCAUCAGACCAGAUGGAAUCAUCAGCCAGAGAUUGGUCAAUGCCGAUGGAUCUGCAACAGAAAAAGUCGUCACAAAGGAUGGAAAGAUCCUCGAGAAAGUCUACGGAAGCGAUGGCAAGUUACAGGUCGAAUUAGUCAUCUCCAACGACGGCUCAAUCAACAAAACAUUCUACAACCCAGAAGGAAAGGUUGUCAGGACGAAGCAUGUUCUUCCUGAUGGCUCAAUCAAGGAGAGAAUCAACAACGAUGACGGAACAUGCAUCGAGAGAACAGUUGCUAAGGAUGGAACAGUUACAGAGAGGAGAUACGAGAAGGAUGGAUCUUACACAGAAAAGAUUAUCUCAAAGGAUGGAACAAUCACGGAAAAGACAUAUUCUCCAGAUGGAAAAGUUCAGAAAGAAAUUUCCUUCUUCACAGACGGAAGCUAUUCAGAAUGGAUCCGCAACCCAGAUGGAACAUUCACAGAAAGAAAGGUUUCAAAGGACGGAUAUAGUGUCGAGAAGUCUCUUGACAAGGACUAUAAGGUCGUCAGCGAAAAGAACUUCAGAGCAACAUCACCAGGCCAGAAACUUCUUCCUCGUUCCAAAGCUCAUGCUGGAGAACGUCGCUCAUCAGUUACUGGUGGAAAGACAAGAAGAAUGCCAUGGAAGACAUUACAAGACAACAGAGGCAUCUGGGCCACAGUUUCUCAGACACCAGCUGGAGCAGAUAUCAAAGGAGUUCUUGCAGAACAAUUUGCUUGCCAAGUACCUCAAGAAGGCCGAAUUCUCACCCCAGAAUCAGCAGCCGCUUAUCAAGAAGUUCUCGAGAAGGCAGGAUUGAAACCAGAAGAACUCGCUCUCAAUGUUAAGAACGAGCAGUUCUCUGUUUCUAUUGCAACACUGGAGUGCCUUCGCAGAUUACCAUCUCAACCAACAGAAUCUGUUUUGUUUACACAAGACAAAUUACCAGAAGACGCGACUGAUGCCGAAAAACUUGCAGUUGCUUUAGCAGCUGUCCCAAGAUGGCGUUCUUCUGUUGAAGAUAUGCUCGAGCAUCACAAGUUCGAUGAUGAAAUUGUCAUCAUCCAGUCACAGCUUACAAAGGUUGAGACAGCAAUGAAACAGAUUGCUAAGUCCAAGUUCGUUGCAACACUACUUAAGACAGUUCUUGCAGCAGGAAACUUCUUGAACUGUCAAGAUUCAAUUGCAUUUUCACUUCAAGCCCUCUUCAACUUGCGUGGAAUGAAGACAAACGAUGGAAGAGAUUUAAUCCAUGUAAUCGAGCCUGCAGUUAGCGAGAUCGAUGUCGAUGCCGAUAAACUUAAAGUCAUUGCAACAAUCGAUCUCAUCGCUAUCACAGGAAGACUCAGAGCAGCUCAGUCUUCUCUUGCAAGAAGACAAAUCUCUCCAUUUGUCGUUGCUUCCGCAAGAAGAGUUUCAAAUGUCAUCAAACAAGUUGGAAUUCUCACAGAUAAUCUCGCUGAAAUGACAUAUAACUUUGGCUUAGAUUACGGAUUGCCUGGAGCACAAACAUUGUUUGUUGCCAUUGCUACAGCAGCUGCCGAUAUUGCCAAAGCUAGGAAGGAGAAGAAGCUUGGCAUGAAGAAGGUCUCUGCUCCUCAAUCUCCAAGCGAAAAGGUUGAUGAUAUGGGACCAAAGUCCUCUCCAAUUGCUGAGAGAGGCAUGAUUAACACAAUGCUUACUGCAAUUAAGACAAAACCUCCGCCAAAGCAGCUCCCAGAACAGCCAAAGGAGGGACCAACUGAUCUUGAACUUGCAUUUGCAAGGGUUAGGAAGAAUAUCAACAAGAAAUAA